AUGAACUCUAACAAUUGUAACACUAACAUGAAUAUGAACAAUAACAAUAAUAUGAAUAACAAUAAUAAUCCGAAUAUGAACAACAAUAUCUGUCAGAGCAACAAUAUGAAUAAUCAAUACAGGAACAAUAAUAUGAAUAACUUUAGCAACACCCACAAUAAUAAUAAUAAUAAUAAUAAUAAUAACACCAUUCAAAAUUUUAAUGACAAUAGCCUUAAAAAAAGAAGAUUUGAGGAUGAUUCUCACCAAAAUUUUAAUGAUAAUGGUUUUAAUAAUAACAAUAACAAUAAUAAUAGUAAUAUGAACCACAACUUCUCAAAUCAAAACAACUACAAUAAUAAUAAUAAUAAUAAUAAUAACAAUAAUAGUAACUUCAACGGAAUCGUAUUCAAAAGCAAAAAAGGAACUAGCUCUCAAGUUGGCAAUAAUAAGAAAAAACAGUUCAAUAAUAAUUUAGAAAUCUCUGAUUGGAAUAAGCUCUCCUAA